ACAGUAAGUCCAACAUGGCAGAUGGAGUAGGUCUUGCACGGUGACUAAAAAAAACAUUUCAACAGAGACGGACAAUUCAAACGCCACUCCGCCACGGGACAUCCACCAUGAGAGAGAGACAGAAGAAAAAGAAGGGCAGGACGUGGGCGGAAGCCGCUAAAAUGGUUUUGGAGAAGUACCCUAAUACUCCUAUGAGCCAUAAAGAGAUCCUGCAGGUGAUCCAAAGAGAGAGGCUUAAAGAAAUAAGCGGAACCUCGCCGCUGGCAUGCCUGAACGCCAUGCUGCACACAAACUCCCGGGGUGACGAGGGCAUUUUCUACAAAGUCCCGGGCAGGAUGGGAGUCUACACGUUAAAGAAGGACAUCUCAGAGGGGCUGAAGAAGCUGUCGGAGGAGGGCUCUGACGAGAGCAGCGACAAUCUAUCCGACUCCCGAAGCUCAGAGAACAGCGGCACCGUUCCUCCAGAGGGCAGGAGAGGACGCUGGAUGCGAAGAGUCCCCUCCAAGCUGCAGUCACAGCCGUCGUCUCCGCAGCCACAGUGCUCAUCGCCUCCCGUCUCCUCCAGUAAACUCAUCUCUCCCUCACAGAAACACAGCAAGAAAGCACUCAAACAGGCGCUGAAGCAGCAACAGCAGAGAAAUCAGCGCAGACAGGGUGGUAUGCCAGCCAUCUCCAGUUCCAGGCUGCUACUAAAGACCAUCAAAGACAUGGCAGAAAACAUUACAACAAAGUCUGAGUUAUGCCACCCUGUCGUACCCAGAAAAGUCACUCAGAGGUCCGAUCGUCUCAGUGCAGGGCAAAUAAAACGCACUAAGUUUAAAAUAGACGUGGAAACGCCAGACUCCAUUUUGGUUAACACCAACCUGAGAGCCCUCAUCAACAAGCACACCUUUUGCGUCCUGCCUCCCGACUGCCAGCAGAAGCUGGUCAAACUCCUGCCUGAGGUCGACCGACAGGCUUGCUUGGACGGCCUUCUGAAGGUUACGAGCUCGGCUUUAAACAACGAAUUCUUUGCGUCGGCAGCGCAGUCGUGGAAGGAGAGGCUGGCUGAAGGGGAAUUCACACCCGAGCUGCAGGUCCGAAUGCGUCAGGAAAUUGAGAAGGAGAAGAAAGUUGAGCACUGGAAGGAGGCUUUCUUUGAAAAUUACUACGGGGAAAAUUCGGGCCUCAGCUACGAGGAGUCCAAAGAGCUGAUAAAGCCCGAUGGGAAUAAGGAGCCUGCCAGGCGCCGCUCUCCUGUUUGCCAGACAAAUCCAGCUGCUCAGCCUCUGGAGGACAAGAAGAGCGCCAAGGACUGCGUCCAGACCGACGCCACCACGAGAGACGAGAAACCAGCGGAGAAAUCCCCGGACCCUCCGAAGGAGCUGCCCCGACACAAAGAGUCCGUCCCCACCAUGGAGCCCAUGAAGACGCGUCGGUCGCAGCAGGCGGAGGAUCGAAAGCUCAGCGCAGCCGCUCAGGCCGGGCCGUCGCCGAUGGCGGCCGUGAAAACACUGGAAUCGGAGAAACCAGCCGAGCGGAGCCCGAUCAGCACACUUCGUGAAAAGCAACAGAAGGAGGAAAAACAGGAGAAGAAACUCCCUGAGUUGUCUGUGAAGAAGAGCCCCCCACUAACACCCAGUGCGGAUGUAAACGAUGACCAGCUGGUGACGCCAGCGAGACCUGCUGCGGGUGACGAAGAGGUGGCGUCGGAGCCCAGCGCCGCCUUGGAGCCCAGCGCCGCCUCGGAGCCCAGCGCCGCCUCGGAGCCCAGCGCCGCCUCGGAGCCCAGCGCCGCCUCGGAGCCCAGCGCCGCCUCAGAGCCCAGCGCCGCCUUGGACGCCCACAAGAGGAAAACCCUCAGCGGGACGGAGGGGGAGGUGACUCCAGAGAAAAGGCCCCGUUUGUCCUCCGUUUCCUCCGUGUCGUCGGUCUCCUCCGCGUCAUCCAUUUCCAGCCCGGCCACACCGUCUCCGACAAGUCAGAGGGUCCCGCCUCUCAAGAUCCCCGUGUCACGAAUUCUUCCUGUCCCUCUGUCACCAAGCCAAGUCUCACCAAAGACUCCCCUCCAGGGCCCUCUCAGCAGCCCGGGCCACACCGGAGCUCGCACGCUGGCUUACAUCAAAGCCAAAGCUCAGCUCGCCCGAGCGCAGCGCGUAGCGGCCGCCGCCGUGUCAUCCGCAUCGAAGGGAGCAGUGCCGGGCCCGGGACCGGGUGGAGGUAGCGGUGGUGAUCACAGGCAGCCAUCACCCAGCCCCAGCCUCAGCCCAAUUUCCCCUCAGACCUACACUAGAUUACCAGCCACCACCACCACCAGCAGCAGCAGCAACCAAUCCAUUGAGCUUUCUCCUCCGCUCAGCUCAAGACCAGCUGAUGACAGGCAAAGCAAUCAUUUUACCAGUACAGUCCAAAAGAGCUCCAAUGCUUCAGUAGGACAUUCAUCAGUGCAUAUUGUAAAGGAUAAAGAAGCCCCAGCAAGUGCUGCAUCACUAACCAGAACCAGUUCUUGCAUUCCAGCAAACAACCCCCUUGUGACACAGUUGCUGCAGGGAAAAGAGGUUCCACUGGACGAGAUGCUCCCAAAACCCCUAUCCAACACGGAGAUUCGGGUUUCGAGCCAGGCUUCUGGAAGUAAGGGGAAAGCGACCCAUUUCAUUGAUCAUAAAGGGGAUAGUCACGUGUCUCCGCAAGCCAAUACUGCCGGACGAGCCGCAGAAUGCACAAAACAUCACCGGGAGCUUCCUGAUAAGGAAACCCAAGAGCAGAUCCUGCAGACGCUGAUGCAGAGGAAAGCUCAGCAACAGAGCCAGCCGCCUGGAGGCGCAGGGCCGUUUCCCGCACACCACAGGGUUCCGCAAAUGCUGCAUGCACAGGAGUGUCGGGAGCAGUCCAGGGUGUUGGUUGGCUUUCUGGGCCGGAGGAAGAUCCCCAAGCCGGCCAUGACGGGGCAUUACCUGCUCAACGUGUCCACAUACGGCAGGGGAUCAGAGAGCAGGAGACUGCAGCUUUCAGUCUGCCCCAACAAGUCUGCUUUGAAGAGGGAAGGCACAGACGGAAAGGAGACGGCUAAGAUGGAGGAACCAGUGAAGAAAGAUCUCACGUCCAUUACUAGGGUGAAAACUGAGCAGCAGGGAUGUGCAGUUACCAGGGCCGACGACCCGGCAAGUUUUCAUCAUUACUCUGGCGUAAAGACUGAGCCUGGAUCUGAGAGCAAUGGAGCCAGCGGUGCCAACAAUAAGAUCACCAGUGCUAAAGCCAAAGACUGCAGUCCAUUUUCUCCAGCGCACCGAAGUCACCUCGAACUCCGCAAUAACAAUCAAGGAAACUCUGAGCCAUAUCUUUCCCUCAUGGACCCUGGUCACCAGCAGCUGACUGCCUUUCAGAGGACGCUCAACAAUCAGGAGUCGGCGGUAGCCUCCAGCUACGGCGGCACCAUCAGCAUGUCUGUACCUUACACUCUGAACCACAACGCCGCGAGCACCGCCUCUUCCGCGUCCUCGUCGGAGGUCGACGGCGGGGGCAUCUGUGGGAGCGUCAUGUCGUUCUCGGUGACCGUCACCACGAUACCAGCCGGUCACGCGCUAGACCACGGCCAUCAGGGCGAAACCUCGCGCGAGCAGUCCUCCUUCAUCGAGGGCGGCAACAUGGAGGACGUUCAGUCGAAAUGCUAUUGCCGACUGAAGGCGAUGAUCAUGUGCAAAGGCUGUGGAGCCUUCUGCCACGAUGACUGUAUUGGCCCUUCGAAGCUGUGUGUGUCAUGUUUAGUGGUACAGUGAAAUGGAGUUAAAAAGAACUAAACGAUGUGAGGGUUUCAUUAGGCAUGGGCCAGUAUGUGCAACACAAUAUCAGGGUCACUUGGAGAAUGAAUUGAGAAAAAAGGGUUAUUUUUUUCCCUCUGUCUGUUUUAAAAAAAUACAAAAAAUGUUCAAAUGUCCUAAAGUAGUUAAUACUUUAAAAUGCUAAAAUGCCAUGGAAUAGGUCAUAAUCCAUUUUCAAGAACAAGUUAUAACAAAAAAAGCUAAAUGUCAAGAAAAAGUCAAAAUACUUUUUCUAAAGAUGAAAUUAAAAAAAAAAAUUCCAGAUUUAGAGAAAAAAAAUAGAAAUUUUUUUUAUUUCCAAAUAACUUUUUCAAGAAAUAACUUUGAGAUCUAAUAUAAUUAAACAUUGGAUUGGGACAAAGAUAAAUUAUAAUUGCAGUUUCAGCAUUUUGCCAUCUUUUAAGUAUUAUCGGUACAUUUAACAUUUUGAAAAAUGACAGAAAGCAGACUCCAAAUCUUGUGUUUCUUCCAUUUGACCCUUGACAUUUUCACACAGUAAACUUGAGUAAAAAUAUCAAGUUUUUAUUGUACCACAAGCUUCAACUAUUUUAAAGACAAUAAUCCAGCAGCUUUUAUUAAAAAUUGAAACAAAAAAAAAUCUGCUGCUGGUAAAAUAAUAUAUCGACUUUAAUACAUUGUAAAUAGGAUGCAUAGACAUAGUAACUCACCUAAACUUUAACUCAUUAUGAAUCCUGCGUUAAAAAUUAAUUGAAGUUAUAUUUAAACCGUUAUAGAUUUACAAAUUUAUUAACUUUGUCAACUUAAAUUGGUGUUUUAGAGCUCCUGCAUCUCACCUGGGUUAUACGACCUCAAUGACCCUUUAAGGGGAACACACAUUGGUGCUGGCCGUUACUCUGAAGCGCGCACACACACACGCCACGGAUCGCUGAACUUUAACCAAUGAUGAUGUUUUUGAACUUUCCUCAAAAACAUCAACAUUUUUAAAUCGAACUGUGGAGUGGCGCCCAGACGCUGCUAUUAUGAAUAUAAGUUGUUAAAACACUAAAAUUCUUCUGUUUUCCUUGAACUGAUAUUGGCGACGAAUUUUAAUCAACGAUUGAAAUCCCUGUUUUCAAGCCAAAUCUUGUUGAAUCUAAAGUUUUCUGUAACGCAGGAGCUGUAUGGAUUAACAAGAGCGUUUUGAUUUAACUGGAAGCUCCAUGGAUGUCUGACAAAUUGAUUUAAGCUGCUUAACUAAAGAUAUUGUCAGCCUGAGUUAUAUGGUGUCGCAGACAUUUAACAUUUUAAAAUUAGCUUAAUUUUGAGCUGCACUUCUGUAGUUUCCAAAAUAUGACUGUAAGUAUUUUUGCGCGUCGUGAACUCUUUCAAAACAGCCGAAUUUGUCUUUUAUUUUGUGACGUGAAACUUUACAGCAUCGCCGUACCAUACGGUCCAUUUCGCCAAACAUACUUGGCUCUCACUCCAGCUAUUUUUCUGGCAUCUCAUCGAAAUGCAAUUGAAACAACAAAUCAAGUAGAUUUUUCUUUUUAUUAUUAUUAUUAUUAUUAUUAUUUUAUAUUUGGUAUGCCUCAAUACCGGCCCAUGCCUAAGCUUUACAUGCCGUCCAGGCACAAAUAUGGCAUUAGGUUAUGUAGAGUGAAUAGAAAAUGCGGCGCAGUAUCUUAACUGUUCUACACCUGCGACAGCCAGGAUCUGAUCACUGUUGGAAAAAGCAAGAAUUUACACUGGACGGUCUUGUUUUUUCAUCCACACCUCUGUUUUCACAGAUGCCAAUCAAUUUUCAAUCAGUUUAAUACUCAGUCAGAUGUGUGAGAAAUCGCACAGUCAACGUUUGCACUCCGCUAGAUUAGUCUAUAUUUUUAUAUAAAACAUAUAUACAUGUGUGUGUAUUGUUUUUAAAGGAGGGAAAAUGAAUGUUGCUAUUUUUAGGACUUCAUGACUGUUCUGUGUUGAGGCUGAACUUUUUAUCAUAGGGUUAAUUGGGGUUACUAUCGAGAAAAGGCACUAGAGAAAAUCAUGGGUUGUACAAAACUUCCUGCCUGGAUUUUUAUGCAUGUGUGGCAGGGAAGUAACAAUUUUAUAUAUAAAUACAUAUAUUAAAAAAAGAAAGGUACAUUAAUACAGAGCACACUGAUAUUUAAAAACUUUCAUGGAUUUAUAGGUUUAUUGAGGAAUUAUGCAUAAAAUGUUUUUAAAAUCUGCCCAUGUGGAUUGCACAUAAAAAUCAUGGCGUCAAAUUAUCUGCAAAGGAUCAUGUUGUAAAGAUGGAAUUCAGCGUAGCACUUCAAUUGAAAUCUUUUUAUAUUUUUAAUAGAAAGUGGUUAAUCUUUGUUGUUGUUUUUUUCAUAUCAAGUAAAAGUUUGACGUAAUCUACUACUGUUUUAAAGCCACAUUUUCCCUCCCUAAAACUGUUUUGUCGCUAAAGCGUCCCAUAAAUUGGAGUAGUUUUAUUUUCUGUACAGAUUGAUAACAGUUGAAAUGAAAACACUCAAAGUAAAGGGAGAGAAUGAAGACCUUUUCUUUUCACUGUAAAUACUAGAUGUAGGUAGUCGAUAUUUUCUUUGUGCAGCACACUUAUCCAUUUUUGUUACUACAAAAAGAUAUUUUACAAUCGAAAGAAAAAUAUUACACGGUCAAAUAAUUGUAGGUUUUCUAAAAAUGAUCUGUUGGUACAAAAAGUGUCAAAUUUAUAGAUGAGUGUAAACGUUUAUCUCUGACCUUCCCAGAAAACGAGAAUCUUCCAUUUUAAGGUGAUAUGAGGUAUCGUAAGCCUAAUUAUUCACAAUAACCAUUGUGACAUAAAGUACAUUGUGAUAUUAACACAAUCUAAGUGCUUACUUAGCCCCACCUUACUUUUCAAAAGGGUCAGUGGAAAGCUGUUUACUCAACCAAAAAAAUAAUGAAAUAAAAUAUUUUAUAGUAUCCAGCACGGGUGAAAAUGUUCCUGUUUUUUAGCCGUUGUUUUCAAGGUAAAAUGCCAAAGCCACCUUAAAAAAACAAAAUAAAUAAUCAGAAGUUGUUUAUAAUCUCAGAAUUGUUAAUCAAAGUAAUAUAUUUUAAUUAAUAUAUUUUAAUAUAAAAGAUCUAUUUACUAUUUUUUGGGACAAAUCAACAGGGUAUUUGCUAUAGUAAUAUAUUGGCUGUCCGUUUUGUUUUAAUUUUUUUCCUAUAACUUGUAGACAGGACAGACCACCAUAGGGAAUGAUUGAACUUUGUAUCUGAAAUGGCCCAUAUAUGUCUGUGUGAACCAGUCUUUGCAGUCAGUCCAUUUUCCUAAACGCUCUUUGAAGAUUUUGUCUGUGUGCAUCCUGUGUCUACAAUAAUUCUUUUUUUUUUUUUUACAAACUAUGGCUCAGUCUAAAUUUUAAGUUGAUCCAUUUUUACCUGUAUUUUUUUUUUCUUUUUAUAGCUGGAUGGUCAUGUCUGUUAAAUUUGGGUUUCAGAGUAGUAUUAGGGGAAAAAAAAACUUUUAUGCAGUUAGUCAUUUCAAUGUGAAUAGCACGUCUUACAUAGAGGAGUAGAAUCAGAGACGGCUGUAUUUACAGUUAAAUUUGGGGACUGGAACGCACUUCAAGAAAGGCAGCUUGACGAAGACUGUAACGUGCAUCAGGCGGCAGUCUUCAUUUUUACUGAAGCUACCUGUUUGUGUAAAUUUAGAUGAGUGGUUAAUCGAGAACUAGCCGGGUUGAGGUUACUAUGAGCAAUCACCAUGUUUUUUUUUUUUUUUUCUUUUUCAACUGUCUGUCACCUUUGUCACUAGUUUCAUUUGUUACACUCGUCUGUUUCACUCUGUGUCCAGUAAAACUCCAGUGAAUGUAACAUGGUAAUCUGCACUUGUAAACAAAAUGUAUUUUAAAGUUAUAAUCUAUUCUAAAUAAAAUAAUUUUAAAAUA